AUGAGCGCGGAGUUUACCGUCGCGGCGCGCGCGCUCGGACGCGGGAGCGGGACGCAGGGAGAGUUGACGCUGAGCAAGGCGAUCGGCGCGCGGUUUCGAGCGGCGACGGGCGCGGGCGAGCAGAAGAAGACGGAGAUCGAGGCGGGGAAGGUGCGCGAGGUGCGAUGGAGCGACGCGCCGACGGGUGGGGUGCUGCGAGUGCGAUCGACGGACGGACGGACGCUCGUGCUGGGAGGGAUGGGGACGGAGGACGCGAAGAACGCGGCGGAGUACGCGGCGCGCGAGCUGGGGUGCGCGAGCGGCGAGACGAAGAUGAACGUGAACGGACGGAACUGGGGCGACGUCGCGAUCGAGGGGAGCGGGACGGUGUUUGAGGUCGGUGGGAAGACGGCGUUUGAGAUCGAUGGGCAGUACAUCUCCGAGGCGACGGUCGUCGGGAAGAGCGACGUCGUCUUGCAAUUUCACCACGACGACACGGCGGCGGAGAAGGAUUCUUUGGUGGAGAUGUCGUUUUACGUUCCGCCGGGCAGCGAGACUUGGAAAGGAGACGAUAUGGAAGAUCCCGAUGACACCGCGGCGAAGCGUUUGCACGCGGCGAUCAUGUCGAUCGCCGCCGCCGACGCCGAGGCGGGCGAACCCGUGGCGGAAUUCGACGGCGUCUCCAUGGUCGUCCCGAGAGGCAAGGUUUCGAUCGAGUUGCACAACACGCACAUGCGCAUGCAAUCCUCGACGCUGGACUUCAAGGUUCAGUACAGCUCCAUCGUUCGCGUGUACUUGCUUCCGAAGCCGCACUCGAACCAGUCGCACGCGGUCAUCGCGCUCGACCCACCGAUUCGCAAGGGACAAACGUUUUACCCGCACAUUCUCGCCAUGUUCAACGACGACGAUCAUCUCACGGUGGAACCAAACUUGGCUGCAGACAUGAAAGACAAGUUCCCCACCCUCGAGUCGACUUACGACGGCUCCUCGGGAGAAGUCUUCGUGCGCGUAUUGAAAAACAUGGCUGGCGUCAAGUUGACGAGACAAAGCUUAUUCACCGCCUCGGCGGGCGGACACGCCAUCCGCGUGUCGCACAAGGCUGACGUCGGCCUACUGUACCCGCUUGAAAAAGCGUUCUUCUACUUGCCCAAACCUCCGCUGUUGUUGCACUACAGCGAAGUCGAUGAGGUUGAGUUUGAGCGUCACAGCGCGCAGGGCGCGACGAGCGGCAGGACGUUUGACGUCUCUGUGAAUAUGAAGAAUGGCUCAUCGUACGAUUUCCACGGCAUUCAACGGUCGGAGUUCCAGAACUUGGUUAACUUCUUGACCGCCAAACAAGUGAGAAUCUCCAACGUCGACGCCAACGCGCGCGCGGACCAGCUCAUCGCCGAAGCUUCGGACGACGACGACGAAGGCUACGCGCGACGCGGCGACGACGACAGCGAAGAGGACGAAGACUUCGCCGCGGGAAGCGAGUCCGACGGCGGCGAGCCCACCGACAGCGAUUCCGACAGCGAAAGCGACGAGGGCGCGAAGAAGUCGAAGAAGUCGCCCAAAGCCAAACGCGCGAAGAAGGAUCCGAACGCUCCGAAACGAGGCUUGUCCGCGUACAUGUUCUUCUCCGCCGCCAAGCGCGCCGAAAUCACCGCCGCUAACCCUUCGUUCGGCGUCACCGACGUCGCCAAGGCGCUCGGCGAAAAGUGGAAGACGAUCACCGACGAAGAAAAGAGCGUGUACCAGCAACAAGCCGACGAGGACAAGAUUCGAUACGAGCGCGAGAUGGAAGCCUACCGCGCCGGCGGUUCGCAGCCCAAGGUGGAGAUCAAGGACGACGACGACUCCGACGCCGACGACGCCGCGCGCGACGUCGACGCCAUGGACGAAGAUUAG